AUGGCAGAUUCGAACAAAGUCAUUAUCAUCGGCACAGGCGUCACCGGCCUCAGUCUUGCGCAAGGGCUGAAAAAGGAAGGCAUACCCUUUGCAAUUUACGAGAAGAAUGAAAGUCGCCAGACAAGAAGAAACUGGACCUUCACCGUGCAUUGGGGAAUGGAUGCACUCCAAGAGCUGUUGCCAGAAGACCUCUUCGCCUUGCUACCAACCACCCAAGUCGACCCUCAUCAUCCUGGACUGCCAUCUUGGUAUCAGGUCCCGUUAUUGAAUGGAUCGACUGGGGAUUUGAUCAAAAUUCUGGAGUCUGAGAAGUUGUAUCGCUUGUCGAGAGAUAAAUUGAGAGCGUUACUUCUGACUGAUCUGGACGACUCGGUGCACUGGGGCAAAGAGCUCAUCGGCAUUACCUACUCGGACGAUGGCGCAACUGCCCAAGUAUCAUUCGCAGACGGAUCGCAUGAUACUGGCUCGGUGGUCGUAGGAUGCGACGGGACACACUCUGCUAUUCGAUCGCUGCUAGUUGGACCUGACCAAACCAAACUCACUCAAGUCGGAGAUCUCGCAACAACCAUGUGCUUCACCCAGCACACCCGCGAACAUGCGCAUUUCCUCCGCUCAGAACCCCACUCCCAUCCCCUGUAUCAAGUCGCCCUCCACCCCGCCGGUUUGACAGGCUUCCUCUGCGUGCACGACGCUACAGAUAAAGACCAUCCCGAAACCUGGACAUUCUUCCACUACAUCUCCUUCCAUGCGACUGAAGGUCAAGAAGCCUGGUCGAAGAAAGAACUAGUUCAACACUCGAAAUCCCUCGCCAAAGAUUUCUGCGAGCCCUGGAGAAGCGUAUACGAGUGGAUGGACGACGAUGAAUCGAAUGUGUGGUACACAAAAAUGAUGCACUGGGACCCUUCAUUACCCGAACACACCUGGUCCAACCACAGCGGCCGAGUAACCCUCGCCGGCGACGCAGCGCAUCCCAUGUCCUUCCAACGAGGACAGGGCUGUAACAACGCACUUCAAGAUGCAGCGGAGAUGUUUCGGGGGUUGAAGAAGUGGUUUGCUGGUGAAGUUGGGAGGGAGGAGGUUGUGAGGGUUUAUGAAGAGGAGAUGAAGGAGAGGGGUGGGAGGGAGGUGAGGUUGAGUGCUGAGACUACGCGGGCGUUGCAUGAGGCUGGGAAGGGCAUGGGGAGUGUGUUGGUGAGGCAGGGGGUGCAGCCUUCGAAGAAGGAGUAG